AUGAUUCUUGGGUUGUACCUCCUGUUAUUAUCACCGGCUAUUGCUUCAGCCGGUCUAGAGGAGUACGAUGAACCGUUCAUUUUACAGUUUAUUAAUAGAUCACAAACUCUCGAUCUCAGUUUGAAAUGCAAGCAGAGUUUGGCAUUGGUCUACGAUUAUCUGAACGACAUCGAAACUCUAACAGAUCAAAAAAUUUGCUAUUUUGAAUCAUUUGCAACCGGACCAAAUGAUCUGUUCCUCUCAAGAGAUCAGGAUCGAUGGGUCUAUAAAGGUUACGAAUGUUUAUUAUCAGCUGGAGAAACAGUUUACUCAAAAUCGGAGCAUCCAAUGCAUUAUUGCUAUACUCAUGAUGAUGAUAAAGAUAAAAGAGUACCUGCAUUCUCAGUGUGUAUUCCAUCUCCAUGUGCAGAUGAAAACCAGAAGCUUCUUGAAGAAUGGCGUCGAAUAACUCAUCCAGAAGCCACUGAACCAAUCACUUUCACGGCAUGCACAAGAUCUCGCCACGAAAAACAAUGGUUCGAAUUACCCGUUCCAAUCGCAGAUUUUGGAUUUAAUAUGAGUCUUGCAAUGCUUGUUGUUAUGGCUACAAUUUUCCAUAAUAUGAGAGGAGAAGACGCAAAAUCAUGGUCCGCAAGAAUUCUCCUUGCAUUCUCUGCAAAAACCAAUUUGAAGAAGUUGAUUGCUCUUCCAAAAGACCCACAAAGUUGUAUAACUUGUCUACUAGGACUCAGAUUUGGAUCAAUGGUAUGGACAUUGAUUGGACAUUCAUUUAUUUUUGUGCAAGCUUAUAUGGAAAAUGUUGAAGAUUUCAAAAAUUCAAUGGUUGAUAAUUUUUUCAAUCAAUGGAUCACCAAUUUCACAUUAUCAGUUGACGUUUUUCUUACUCUCGGAGGAACUGUUUUAUCGUACAGUUGGUUCAGAAAAUGGCUCAAAAAUACUUCUGAAGAAGAGCCAACAUGGACAUCUUGGGGAUACUGGUUAAAAUUCUACCGUCACAGAGUUGUUCGUCUCUACCCAGCAUACUUGUACACACUUCUUGCUGUAACUCUUCGUAUUUCUGUAACACAUUUCCAUCCAAUGUGGCCACCAACUGAUCCAGCUAUUCAAUGCCCAAAAUAUUGGUGGCAAAAUGUUCUCUUCGUGAAUAGUAUUCUCGAUAAUCAAUGUAUGCCAUGGACAUGGUACAUCGGAACUGAAUUCAUUUAUUAUUUGCUCUCUCCAAUAUUCCUUCUCACAUUAAGGAAAGCGCCAAAGAUCGGAUUUAUUUUGUGCUUCGUCGUAAUUAUGUUCUCAGCCGGUUUGAAUGUAGAAUCCAUCGUUCGCAACAACUUCCCGCCAACCCAAUUCCUUUGGAAGCAACCGGAAAUGUUCAAUCCAAAUUUUAUUCAACACCAUCUUGAACUCUACAUCAAACCACAAUAUCGCAUUGGACCAUAUCUUAUUGGAAUUCUUCUUGGUUAUCAAUUGGCUAGAUAUCAACGAAUUCCUGUGAAACCACAGCAAAGCAACAAAUAUAUCAUUUCAAUGUGGUCAGUGGCACUUGUGGGAAUCCUUUUCGGUUUGUACGGUCUCUACCCAGCUCUUCAAGGAUGGGAUUCAAUUGCCUGGAGAGCAUAUCACUUGCUCUAUGGAGCACUCCAUCGUGACAUUUUCUCAAUUGGUAUUGCAUUCCUUAUCUACAUCUGUCAUACUGGAAUUGGUGGACCUGUCAAUGUCUUCCUCUCCUCCAAUUUCUUCUUACCAUUGGCCAACUUGAGUUUCUCGGCCUACUUGUUCCACAUGAUUCCAGUGGUACUCACUUACAUGCUCGUUCCCUUCCCAAUAUAUUUCAAUACUCAAAUUCCACUCUUCAUUCAUUGUUUUGUUCAACUUCUCAUUACAUAUUUCUUUGCCAUAAUAUGCACAAUGGUCAGUGAACUUCCAGCUCUGAAUAUCGAAAGGUUAUUGCUUGCCUCUCCACCAAAAACUACACUCAAACCGAGUCCACCAACAGAUUCGGAAAUUCAAUUAAAGCCUUCCGAUAAGGCUUAAUUUCUAAUUGUUUUAAUUUUUGACUCAAAAAUUCAUUUUCAUCAGGCACGGGACAUUUGAGGUAAAUAGUGGGUGAUCAUUUCCUUGUCAACCCGAAUUCAUUACGAGUAGUCUCAUUCAUUUCUUAAAUUGUUUCAUUUCAUUCCGCCAUUCACUUUUUCAUUUGUUAGCUCCUCUUUCAUUUGCUUUACAUUUCUUUUAGAUUAGUUGAAAUUUUUCUGUUCUUCUUUCUUGAUGGUCUUUCAGUAAUUGAUUAUUCCCCCGGUCAUCGACUGUUUUUCCUUCGCUUCUUCUAUUUUUAUCAUGUAAAUAGAAAUUCUUGUUUUUUGUUCAUUCAAAUUAAAACCCAUAAAAACAUUAAAUAAAUUUAAAAUGUUC